UAAGGCAGGAGGCACCAUGAGUAGUGGCCCUGUUGGAGGCAGGCCUGGGGGCCGAGGGGGACCAGCCGUUCAGCAGAACAUCCCUUCCAACCUCCUCCAGGACCAUGAGAACCAGAGACUCUUUGAGCUUCUUGGCCGAAAAUGCUGGACAUUGGCUACCACAGUUGUUCAGCUCUACCUGGCACUGCCCCCUGGAGCUGAGCACUGGACCAUGGAACACUGUGGGGCUGUGUGCUUCGUGAAGGAUAACCCUCAGAAGUCCUACUUCAUCCGCCUUUAUGGCCUACAGGCUGGUCGACUACUCUGGGAACAGGAGCUGUACUCUCAGCUGGUUUACCUCACUCCCACCCCGUUCUUCCACACCUUUGCUGGAGAUGAAUGUCAAGUAGGACUGAACUUUGCGGACGAGAGUGAAGCCCAGGCCUUCCGGGCCUUAGUGCAGGAGAAGAUACAAAAAAGAAAUCAGAGGCAAAGCGGAGAAAGACGCCAGCUACCACCACCACCAGCACCAACCAAUGAGGAGAGAAGAGGAGGGCUCCCACCUGUGCCCCCACACCCGGGUGGAGAUCAUGGGGGACCAUCAGGCAGUCCACUAUCCCUAGGACUUGUGACAGUCGACAUUCAGAACCCUGACAUCACAAGUUCACGAUACCGUGGGCUCCCUGCACCUGGCCCUGGCCCAACUGAUAAGAAACGCUCAGGGAAAAAGAAGAUAAGCAAAGCUGAUAUCGGAGCACCAAGUGGAUUCAAACAUGUCAGCCACGUGGGCUGGGAUCCCCAGAAUGGAUUUGAUGUGAACAACCUAGACCCGGAUCUGCGGAGCUUGUUCUCCAGGGCAGGAAUCAGCGAGGCCCAGCUCACUGACGCAGAGACCUCCAAGCUCAUCUACGAUUUUAUUGAGGACCAGGGUGGUCUAGAGGCUGUCCGGCAGGAGAUGAGACGCCAGGAGCCACUCCCACCACCUCCACCACCAUGCCGAGGAGGAGGAGGAGGAGGAGGAGGAGGAGGAGGCCAGCCUCUGAGACCUCCUGUUGUGGGGAGUAAUAAGGGUCGCUGUGGUCCACUGCCCCCUGUACCUAUGGGGGGUGCCCCACCUCCACCAACACCACGAGGGCCCCCACCACCCGGCCGAGGGGGUCCUCCACCACCACCCCCUCCAGCCACUGGAAGAUCUGGACUACCACCUCCUCCACUCCCUGGAGCUGGGGGACCACCAGCACCGCCACCACCACCACCACCACCACCACCACCUCCACCCUGCCCUGGGAGUGGGCCUGCCCCUCCCCCGCUCCCUUCUACUCCAGUGUCUGGGGGGAGCCCAGCACCUGGUGGGGGCCGGGGUGCACUUUUGGAUCAAAUCCGACAGGGAAUUCAGCUGAACAAGACCCCUGGAGCUCUAGAGAACUCAGUACAGCAACCACCCGUGCAGUCAGAAGGCCUAGUGGGUGCCCUGAUGCAUGUCAUGCAGAAGAGGAGUAGAGUCAUCCAUUCCUCAGAUGAAGGGGAGGAUCAGACCGGUGAGGACGAAGAGGAUGAUGAAUGGGAUGACUAAAAUAAUCCUCCUUCUGGCAAGCCAGUUCCUCUCCACACUCACUCUGCCAUCUAGAUUCUGCUCUACUGUCAGCUUGCCAAUUCACCUGUGGGGGAGCCUCAUACCCAGUCUAAACCCCACAUCACAUCACCUUUCACCUCUCAUCACUCAGGGAUGAAACAGGAUAAAAUUGAGUCUUUCAUUCUCAUUCUAAAAUUGAGUGUGUGUUCAUUCUCAUCCUAAAUGAGUGGUUUGGGCUUCUUUUCCUCACAGUCCCUUUUGGCCUUGAUCUUGCUUUGUGUGUUGUUUACUGAGCCUUUCACAAGUAUGUUCAUUUAUUCCAUUAAGAUUUCAGCCACAUCGCCUGUAUUUCUUUAUUUUUCCCUUCCCCCCCCCCCCGCCUCAUCCCCGUUUUAAAGAAA